AUGUAAAUUACACCUUUUAUUGAUGCUUAUAAACUUGAUGAUUUAGUGUCAGCUCAAAAGCAUAAAAUAAUUGCUCCUGUUUUUCAAAACUAUAAGGUAGAAACAUAAGAUUACCUGAUUUCACCAAAUGGGUAAUUCAUAGCAAUUAUGUAUAACAUGGAGCCGAUGCUGAAACAGGACAAAUAAUUCUCUAUUGUGUAAUUAUUCAAUAUAAUAACUGGAGAACAGAGUCACUCACAAUAAGUGGAUUAAGAAUGCCCCGUCAUCUCUAUGUAAUUUAGUUUUGAUUCAAGCAUAUUUGUUGUAUUGGAUUUCUUCAAUUUAAUUCUCUUCAAUGUUGAAGAAAAAAAUAAAAUAGCCAUAAUAAAAUUAAAAAGUGAUGGCAUAGUUUCGAUUGAUUCAGAGAACAAUGUUAUUUUGGGCUCAUCAAAUAAUCAAAUUAUUGUGUAUUCUACAAAAAAGGCAUUUUAAGAAACUUUGCAAUUUGAUAGAUUAGUAGAUCAUCUUCAAAAGCUGGGAGCCAAUAAGGUAAUUUAUAUUUGUGGUUGCAAUUAAUAUCUAUUUAAUUUGCAAAAUAACAAAGUACUGCGAAGAUGGAUGAACCAUGAAUUCGAAAUAAAGGAUUAAAUAAUUUAUAAAAAACUUCUGAUGAUUUAAUCAUGGUAUGACAAGUUUAGAUCAGUGAAGAAUUAUUAGGAAAUACAUCAGAAGUUCUAAUAGAAAAGAGAUAUUUAGAAUAAUGGAGGAUAAAUCAUCAGUUUCAAUCUAGAAAUUUUAUAUUUGCAAAACAAAAUAGCCAAUAUUGAAUGUUUCAAAGAGUGUAUUUAAAAUUGA